CUAUCUGCCCAGCCAUCAAAGUAACUGCUAUUGUACCUCAUGGUGACCAUUCAAUAACCAGAGAAGAUUCGCAAGAGUAUUUUUGCAACAUUGUUGAAGAUUUUUUGAAAACCUUGUGAAAUAAAAGAAUUUCCUUAAGAGAUUACUGUGACUUUUUUAAUGCGUCAUUUUCUUCCUUCCUUUUCUUCACAGUAAAAUAAAAAUGGUAUGCAAGAAAUGCGAAAAAAAGCUGACUACUUUGGCAGCACCAGACAAAUGGAAAGACGGCUCUAAGAAUGUAUUAGCUGGAUCGUCAGGUAGAAAGUUGAACCAAAACAAGCUAUUAUCGAGAUCUGCUAAAUUAAGUAGAUUUAAUCCUCUUGAGAGUAAAUGCAAGAUUUGUAAAACAAAAGUUCAUCAAGAUAAAGCGCAUUACUGCCAAGACUGUGCUUACAAAAAGGGCAUUUGUGCAAUGUGCGGAAAACAAGUAUUGGAUACAAGCAGUUACAAACAAACAGCUAAAUGAUUUUUUUUAUUGUGAAUGGGGGUAUAUUGAAUCGUGAUUAAAAACCAUUUCUUAACCAAUCGAUCGCUUCUUUUUCAGUUACCAUGGCAGGAUAAUUAAAAGAAGGAAAGAAAGCUUGUUGUUGAACAGGCUGUUGUACUUGUGGUGGAAUGGGUUUUUGUGGAGGUGGAACUGCUUAUGCUGUUAGAGUAAAGCCA